AUGGACAACAUGCAACAGAUAACACACGACUCCAGAGGGAUUCAUCAUGACCAUUGCCACCUGAAGUUAGUCAACUUUGAGGCUCAUGAGAACCACAUUGCCCAUGAGACAGAGGGGCUCAGCAAUAAGUGCCUGGUGGUGCGACGGGGGAAACCAUUCAAACUCACUCUGCUGUUUCACAGCCGGUUUUGGAACCUUCACAUCAAGAACCUGGUCCUGGAGGUUUGGCUAGGCAGUCUGUCAGAGAGGAUCCCAGUCCAGUUCUCUGACAAGGGGUCCAACCCUCAGCGCUGGUCAGCCAAAGUCUACCCAGGCAACAUACAUUCAGAGUCAGUCACCAUCCACAUCCGCUCCCCUGUUUUGUCCUCGGUGGCUGUAUAUAACCUCCUGGUCCACAUAGCGACUGAACAGACCACAAAGAGCUUCGCAGUGGGAUCAUUUGUGCUGCUCUGCAACCCCUGGCUGAGUGAUGAUCCAGUGUACAUGCCACACAAUGUCCAAAUACAAGAGUAUAUCAAGAGUGAUUAUGGGAUGCUGUACAUGGGCACCACUCUAAACAUUAGUAAACGUCCCUGGUCGUUUGGUCAGUAUGAGCCUGGGGUCUUAGAGGCGUGUCUGAAGCUCCUGCAGGUCAGCCCACAGCACCUCCGAGACAAACACAAAGACUACAUUCUACGAGCAGACCCCGUCUACCUUAGCAGGGUGGUCUGUGCAAUGGUGAACUGCGAGGACGACCUGGGUGUUCUGCAGGGGAAGUGGCACGGCGGCUACAAAGGUGGGGUUAAGCCUUCAGAGUGGAGCGGCAGUGCCGACAUCCUGAACCGCUGGCUGUUGUCCCACUGUCAGCCUGUGCGCUACGGACAGUGUUGGGUCUUUGCAUCUGUCCUCUGCACAGUGAUGAGAGUGCUUGGGAUUCCCUCCAGGGUGGUGACCGUUUUUAACGCCGCCCAUGACGGUGACGCCAGCCUGAAAAUUGAAGAGUUUUACUCGAUCACAGGGGAGAAGCUCAACCUGUCCAAGGACAGCAUUUGGAACUUCCAUGUAUGGGUGGAGUGCUGGAUGAGAAGACCAGACCUUGGUGCAGGGUUCGACGGCUGGCAGGUUGUGGACCCAACCCCCCAGGAGAAGAGUGGUGGGAUAUUCUGCUGUGGGCCCUGCCCAGUAGUUGCUGUCCAGCAACGCUGCCUUAGCGCCCAAUUUGACACCCCAUUCAUCUACGCCUCCGUUGAUGCUGAUGUCACACGGUUGACUGUGAACGGUGGACAGUUGGUGGGCAGAACGGUGGACACUGAGUGUGUGGGGCAGCUGAUCUACACCAAGAGCAUUGGCUCAGACAAGCCAGAGAAUCUAACACACACUUAUAAGAGCAAGAAAAGACAUCAAAUGGAAGGCAUUGUAGGCAGCACAGAGAUGAGCGCAGUCGGAAGAACAUUGACAUAUCGUCAAGAAAAAGAGCUUCAGUCCUUUCCACAGAGAUGUGGAGCAGGACCUUCAGGAGGAACGUCACCUGGUUUGGAGGUGUCCCUAAACAUAGAUGGGAUGCCGUCAGUGGGUGAGAGCAUUCGCUUACGUGUGAUAGUCACAAACCAGUCAAGUGACUCCAGGGUCCUGUUGGAACACCUCAACGCUCAGGUCAAAGAGUACAACAGCAGCACACGAGAGACCUUUUGGGAGCUACACAAAGAGGUUCCCAUACAGCCACAUGAAGUUUUGACACUCCAGCACACCAUCGCUCCCUCUCAGUAUGACUCAGUCCUGGCAGGUGAUGACAUUGUGAAUGUUGCAGUGGUGAUAAAGGACACGAGGACUGAAGAAAGAUUCCUGGAUGCAAAGGAGUUCAACAUAAGCUCACCAGAGAUAACCAUGGAGAUCGAAGGAGGGGACAGCAUCGAGAUGAAGAAGAGGUACACAGCCCUGGUGUCCUUCACCAGCAAGUUUGACAAAACUCUGAAAGAAGCUGUGCUGACUGUGGAGGGAUCUGGCUUGUUGCAAGGCAAACACGAGGCCAGGCUGGCUCUUCUAAAGCAAGGUGAGAAGAUAGAGCAGAAGGUGACCAUCAUGGCUGCUUCACCUGGCACUAAAGUGCUGAUGGCCACGUUCUCACACAGCGACAGCCCCGCCGUCAUUUCCAGGAGCUUCCACAAAGUGUCCGUCACGGCUGCAUCAUAGGAAGCAGUCUGUCCUUCCUAAAGCUUCAACAACAAGAAACAGCUCCUCGAACCUUUUGAGUUACAGUUAGAACAAUAGCACACAUUCAUUUCUUUGCACUGGGGAUGCAAAUGGUAUUCCUUCUUUACUUUUACUAUAUAUUAUUAUAUAUAUUUUUGUAUUUUUACUAUAUUUGCUUUUUUUGGGAAGCUGUUCAUAUUCACUGAUAGAUACUGUAUAUUUCAUAUAUGUUGUAUAUGUGAACAUAGAGUAUUAGUGUUAUUUUCUGCAUAGUGCCUGAUUAUAUCCCCGUUUUUUACUGAUUUAAUGAUAACGACUAUAGUUACACAAUACAUUUUGCACACACGUGGUAAACUAAUAUAUUUGCAUCAGUGGGGUAGUAAUCUCUGAAUACAAAUGACAUAAAAAUGUCAUGUAAAUAAUACAGCGACAGUACACUGACAUCUGCUCACUUUAGGUAAGAUUCAAAAACAGACUAUUUGUCAGGUGCAGAGGAAUCAAACAGUCUGAAAUUGAUUGCGGGUGUCCUCCAACCAAAAGGUGCCACCCAUCUGCAAAGCUACAACCAAGAUGACAGACCUUGUUCAUACUUGGCAUUUUGGCACAUCAUAGCAGCUUAUAUUGCCUUUAGGAGAGCUAGUUCCAGUUUCCUGGCACAGCUGACUGGAAACGACCUAUCACUAACAGAAGUUGUUUCGCCUGUAGUUUUCUAACAAUGAGAAGUUGAAAUGUCUGCUGUGAAAAAGGACUACACCAGUGAUAUAUGUCACAGUAUCCCAAACCAACAUAGUACACACAGGGAAUGAAACCAUUCCAAAUCCGCUGAGAAAAAAGAUCAGACCUUAAAAGCUAAAGGCGUUUUUCUUUACCUUAAUAUUUUCAUGGAAAUGCUAACACACAUCCCCAAGGCCACUGAGGAAACUCCAUCCCCUAAUGAUUGAAAAGUGAAGGAAAAAGUAAGUGGACCUUGCAUUUACAAUUAUUUUUCUUAAAUCAAACUGUCGUUUUCAAGGUCAAGAGCUUUCACACUCAACUAAAUGCGUCUUAUCUGGUUGAUUGAGGCCACACCCUGUGGGUGAGACUGAAGCUAAGGUCAUGAUCCUUUCUAUUUGGCUUCAUCCUAAUUAAGAAGAGCUUCUACGGGUAGCAGAUGGCAGUGUGUGCCUUCACUUCAACUGUUCAUACAUAAAGAAUACACACUGUUUAUUUUACUAAACUGAUAUAUAACUGAUAUGAGU